UUUGGGAACGUCAACAAUCAACACACACCGGCUGUCAUGCAAGGGUGAGCAAGGGUUUUCUUUCUGCUCCUUGACUAAAGACAGUAAAGACUUAAUUAAUCUUAAAUUUAUGUGGUACACAACACCAUGGAUUUUGCAAACGUCAUAACCAAGGUUGACUCGGACCUCUUCAUAACUAUUGUGGAAUCCUGCAUUGACAGUUUGUGCGGAAGAGCUGAAAAUUUUACUGAAUGUUCCUUGACAGCAGACGAAACACUUAUUGUCUCCAAAGCGAUUAAAUCUGCGAUCGAAACUAUUCUGAAACUCAAUCUUGGACCACAACAGGUUCCCACAUCUGAAUGGAAUAAAGCAGACUUGAAAUAUGUAGAGCUUCUGCAUAAUUGCUUAGAAAAACGACCUGGUGAAGUAAAAGCGAUAAGAGUGAAACUUAUAUUGAACAAAGGAAGUCCAAAUUUACAAGACUACAACUGGGAUGUCAAGUGGGUUCUUGGUAGCAGCAGUCUCUCAUCAAAGGAAGAACCUCUAGCGAAUUUUAGUUUUUACCUUCCAGGAGGAGUUUCCCAUUUAGUGGAAAUGAACAAGAAAGAAAUUGAUAUUUUUAUUCAGUCAUUGGAAAACAAGUAAUUGAAUUAAUAUAUACAUUUGGUCAGUAAAGCUUAAUGCUUUAUCCUAUCAUUAAUCUCAUUAUUUUGUAAAUUUAUCUAAAGAGAGUAUAAUUAUUGUAGAAAAAACUUUAAAUUAAAAUGCAUUUUUUUCUUAA